CUCCAAUAAGCAUCUGCUCCGACAAAGACUUGUGCAUUAUAAACGUGUAGGUGUAUCAUUAAAAUCCGGAUCUUUUGAGUCCUAUAAAAAGCGACCAUCACCAGCCGUGUUUUCCAUCAUUCCUUUAAUAGCAACUCAGUUGCCGUAUCGCAAUUUUCUCGAGACGUACCACGAAGCGACAUGGCUACCAAAUUGGGCCCUAGUUAUCUGUUUUCUUUUUCGGCUGUUUGUGUGCUGUUGAUCUGCUGCUGGGCCAGUUUAGUUGAAUCCAAUCCCGUCUGGGCGGAAACCAAUAACCAGCUGGACAGGGAUGAAGUUGCGUUUGAAGCUGGUGAACCGUUUACCGAUGAAGAAUUCAAUAGCGAUGCCCAGGGUAAAGCAGUUUCUAUAGACAACCAAGGCACCCAACCGUGGCAACAUCAACCAGAUAGUGGACUGGUGGGCGGUGAUUUACUACCAGAAGACGCGAAAAACGGCAAUAAAAAUGCGGCUGCAAAAUGGCCGAACGCGCAAGUUCCCUACGUCAUCUCCAGCAGUUUUUCGGCUAAAGAUCGCCAAGUCAUCGCGUCUGCUAUGGCGAUGUACCAUCAAAAGACUUGCAUCCGUUUCGUGGCACGUGGUACUCAAAAAGACUAUGUAAAAAUUGUUCGAAGCCGUGGCUGCUGGUCGGUAAAAGGAAGGGCUGGAGGCGUGCAGGAACUGAGUAUCGGCGACGGAUGCGUUUCCCGUGCGACAGUCGUUCACGAACUGAUGCACGCCCUUGGAUUUGAUCAUGAACAUCAACGACCUGAUCAAAAAAAAUUCAUCAUUGUGAAAUAUGACAACAUCCAAAACCAACAUCGUCAGUGGUUCGAGCCACUCCGGCCAGAUGCAGUUAACUCUAUUGGGCGCUACGAUAUAAAGUCGGUUAUGCAUUACAAUGCUUACUCCAGUUUCGCUGUUGACACUUCAAAACCGACCAUGGUAACAAAAACGGGAGGAACAACUAUGGGAAAUGAAUAUGGACUUACUGCGAUGGAUGUUGAAAAACUGAAAACCUUUUACUGCAAAUAGUAGUUGCUCCACUUUCACUGGACACCAUCUUUGAGUUAAACAUGACCGACUACAAUCAUUUGAAGGCUCCUCCUCUUGCUAGUGCAUGGCUUUUGUGUUUUACAUGACUCCCCUGCAAUACAUUUAACUUGCAUUGCA